GAACGAUUGGUUGGGGGAACCAGAGAAACGCGACGAUUGGAGGAUCGAAACCUGGCGGAAGCGUGGCAGACUGGGAGGUUACCUGGACCAUGGCAGCCGUUCCGCCGCUGCGAGACCGCUUGAGCUUUCUACAUAGGAGCAAAGCCUGUUUACAGCUCCACUUUGUGGCCCUUGGGAUGAUUGUGGUCCCUCCCAGGCUCUCCUGGGCAGUUUCGGCACCAGUCAGCAUGAGGCCUGCCUGCUUCCAUUCCCUUCAGUGGCUGGGACCUACCCUAUAUAAGACGGCAGCUUCACCAUGGCACUCAUUCCUCUUCAGCUCCCCAUUCUGUUGAAGGGGACCUCAGAUGAUGACAUCCCAUGCCCAGGCUACCUGUUUGAAGAGAUUGCCAAGAUUUCCCACGAGUCACUGGGCAGCAGCCAGUGCCUGCUGGAGUACCUCCUGAACCGCCUGGACAGUAGCUCUGGCCACGUGAAGCUCAAGGUGCUGAAGAUCUUGCUUUACCUGUGCAGUCACGGCUCUUCCUCCUUCAUGCUCAUCCUUAGGAGAAACUCUGCUCUCAUCCAAGAAGCCACAGCUUUCGCGGGGCCUCCGGAUCCUCUUCAUGGAAAUAGCUUGUACCAGAAAGUGCGGGCGGCUGCCCAGGACCUGGGUAGCACCCUCUUCUCAGACGCACUGCCACAGCCUCCCUCCCAGCCGCCCCAGAUCCUGCCUCCUGCAGGCAUGGGCGCCCAGGCCAGGCCUCAUAGUGCUCUACAAGGCUUCGGUUAUACUAAGGAGAGCAGCCGGACAGGCUCUGCAGGUGAAACCUUCCUCUCCACCAUCCAGAGGGCCGCAGAGGUAGUGGUGAAUGCUGUGCGUCCUGGGCCUGAUAAUCCUUGUACCAAGGGACCCCUGCCACACGGUGAUGCCUACCAGCCUGCAGUGACACCUUCAGCUAGCCACACACAUCCCAACCCCGGGAAUCUCCUCCCUGCGGCUAUCCAGGGGACCAGAGCUGUGAAACACCAGCCCGGGCAGGCUGGAGGAGGCUGGGAUGAGAUGGACAGCAGUCCUAGUUCCCAGAAUUCCUCCUGUACCAGCAACCUGAGCAGGGCCUCAGACUCAGUCAGUCGGUCUGGCAGUGAUAGCCACUCUGGUGCCAGCCGGGAGCCAGGCGACCUGGCAGAGAGGGCUGAGGGCAUGGCCCCAAAUGACUGCCAGCAAGAACUGAAUCUAGUGAGGACUGUGACACAGGGGCCACGUGUCUUCCUGAGCCGUGAGGAGACGCAGCACUUCAUCAAAGAGUGCGGCCUGCUCAACUGUGAGGCUGUGCUGGAGCUGCUCCUCCAGCAGCUGGUCGGGACCAGUGAGUGUGAGCAGAUGAGGGCACUGUGUGCCAUAGCGUCCUUUGGAAGUGCUGACCUCCUUCCUCAGGAGCACAUUCUCCUCCUGUGCCGACAGCAGCUGCAGGAACUUGGUGCAGGCAGCCCUGGGCCUGUGACCAACAAAGCCACCAAGAUCCUGAGACACUUGGAAGCCUCCUGUGGACAACAGUUCCCUACCCUAAGGCCCUGUGCCCAGCCCAACUCUGCAGCUGCUGUUGUGGGCCCAGCUGAUCUGCUGACCAGCCCUGUGCCUCCCCCUGGGAGCCAAGUCUUCCUCCAGCCUCUUAGUUCCACCGCAGUUGUGCCCAGGAGUCCUGUGCCCACUCCAUCUCCAGAUACCUUACCUCCUGCUCUGCAGGAUCCCGGUGAGCUCAGAACCCAAUUGGUAUGUUCUAGUGAACCAGGGACAGGAUCUGAACAGAGGCUGGAGAACACAGACACCCCAAAGGAUAGCUCCAGUCCGUGUCCGUGGAGCCCCAACUCUCUGUUUGCUGGCAUGGAGCUGGUAGCUUGCACCCGCCUGCCCUGCCCCAGCUUCCAGGCAGAUUUGCAGAAGGUGACCACAGAGCCUCCAGUUUCAGAGCCAUCCGCUUUUGCAUUUUUAAACAUGUGACUUUCUGGGCCCCGCUGUACAGAGUCCCCCCUGGCCCUCAUAUGGAGUUCACCAUGGAGUGUUCCGUGGGUGUCUUCUGGCUGUUCUUUUGCCCCUCUGGCCCCUUCCUUUCACCUAGGAAACUGGUACAGCGGUCUUUGAGCCAGGUGAUCCCUGGAUGGACCUCCCAGUGCUCAGAACAGUCACUGAAGAAGACAUAUGGGCCCUGAGUGCUAACCAGCCAACCUGGAAGUGUGAAAAAUAUGGUCAACUAGUGCCUCAGAAGAUGUCUGCACAUCCACUGCUUCUUGGGAAGUGACUCUGGCCAUGCCCCUGAGAUUGACUUCUCUCCUCCUGGCAAGACCCACACAGACCUUCUUAGCAGUCUGUCCAUAGCUGAAGACCGCCUCAGAGGUUUCCCGCUUUGUGCAGUACAUCUGCAGGGCAGUACUUCCCCAGGGCUGCUGACCACAGUCCCUCUGCCCCAUGCUGCUCUGUCUCUAGGAGGCUGAACACUGAGGCCAACUCCCAGGCUACCUCAGUCCCAGGCGGGCCUGUCCCAUUGCUAGGAGCUGGCAACGAUCGUAUGGACUUGAACUCCUAUGGUGACAGAUGGCAGGUAGCAAGGCUGCAGCUGGGUACCCUGGGCAAGCCUUGUUGGGCUGACCCUCAGAAAUGAGCACUUGAUAAGGGUUAGAAACACUGACUUGGUUCACAGUUAUGUUCUGAUCUCCUUUCCUUCCUUAUGGAGGUCAAAUUAGCUGGGAGCGACAGCCUUGAGGACAGGGUGCUGGAAAGGUGCCUGUGGCCCAGAAGGCCUCGUUCUCAGCUUCCUCAGCCAAGUGCCCUGUGGCCAUUGCCAGUGUCAGCCCCUGUGGGGCCCAACUCUGGAUGCACAACUUGCCACAGUUUUCUCCAGCACACGGGAGAGUCUCGUCUAGAUGAACCUUCCUGUCCAUCUCAGAAGAGCCUGUGAAGCUGCGCCAUGCACUUUCUCAAUAAAUGCAGAUGUUUACACA